AUGACAAGUCUUUCGAGGUUUGGUGGCUGCCCUCUGUCUUGCGUCAACCCUGGGGAGAGCAAUACCGAACCCAGUGUGGUGCUGCCACCUUUGGCAGGGGAGCACAUGGGGCACCCCACUGGCCCUUCUUUAAAACUGUGUCCCUCGCACAAUUUACGAGACUAUCCUGAGACGAGGGCCACUGCAUAUGUUGACCACUCUUUGCCCCACUUUCCGGACACAGGAUACAACAGUCACCGCUUAGACGCCAACCCUAGGGGCAUUAUCAUUGGAACAAACCUGGCAGGAGCAGGCAUGCCACCAGUCACCGAUCAGUUUGCACCGAGACCUAACCAACAUGGCACUAUUGGAAGAUAUCGUGACCUCCACGGCUACAGGGAUAGCCGUAGCCACGCAUUCUUCACAACGUAUCCAGAGCAGGCCCACGGCUCCAUGGAUGCCAGCAGAGACCUGAGUGGCCAGAUGAUGUUAGGUCUUUCAGGAGAUCUUCUCUCAAGGGCGCAUUCGUAUGGGCAAUCCCACAGCAGCCCUCGGGCAAACAGCCAGCAACUUGUUACUCAGUUUUUGGGGCUCUAUAAGCCCUUGAACAUGGCCAUGCAACGAGGAGGGAGUGAUGCAUUCCUCAGGUGCUCCAGACAGACCUUGACGCACGACUUGGUAUGUAAGUGGAGCGAUAGCCAAGGAGACGUUGGCAAGUCGCCAUGUUCCAGGACUUUUGGAACCAUGUAUGAACUUGUCACUCAUGUGACAAUCGAACACGUCGGAGGACCUGAGCAGUCCGAGUACAUGUGCCACUGGGAAAACUGUCCCAGGGACAGAAAGCCAUUCAAAGCCAAAUACAAGCUGGUCAACCACGUCAGAGUGCACACAGGGGAAAAGCCAUUUCCUUGCCCCUUUCAUGGAUGUGAAAAGGUUUUCGCCAGAUCAGAAAACCUCAAGAUUCACAAGAGAACCCACACAGGUGAGAAACCGUUCAAAUGCGAAUAUGAAGGCUGCAACCGGCGGUUCGCCAACAGCAGCGAUCGGAAGAAGCAUUCGCACGUCCACUCGAGCGACAAGCCGUACAUGUGCAAGGUCAGAGGCUGUGAAAAAUGUUACACCCACCCGAGCUCGCUGCGCAAACACAUGAAGCUCCAUUGCAAGGCUUACGCGGCUAAACCGGGCGAGGAUGGCGAGCACGGGUCUCCUGAGUUGGCGGGAGAGCCAGUCCCAUCAUCCCCUGUAGCGGUGACGCGGCCUUUGCCUCCUGCCCCAUCACAGGACUCCCCCGAGACUGUAAGGUCACGCUUUCAUCACACAUUUGACAGCAGUCUGGACUACACGGCGCACAGGCCGCAGUCAUUUUUGGAUCCUAUGUUGCUACACCGGAGCAGUUACAGAGGCGAAACGGGCCAGUACACGUAUAGCCAAACGAGUCCCACUUUUGCCCCCAGUCACAGAACUUUUGGAUCAAACUCACCAUUCCAAAAAAGUAUUGUAAAUGGCUGGUACACGUGCCAUGGUGGCGCAGAGACUUUUUCGUCCAAGCAGGGUAAUAAUGAUUAACAGUGGUAAUAAUGGUCAGGAUGGCUGUACAAGAAAAGCAGACAAGUGGAAUUUGGACAGGUUAUGUGAUUUAGACCCGGAGUUUAAAUGUAUGAAACCAUUUUGCUAUCAAGCUUGAAA